GGAUGAAGUUGAAUUCAAGACUACAUUCUUGAUGCUUGCUUUGUGUGAUUUUUUGUGCCCAACAACAUGUAGAAGGUUAGAGAGUGACUUAGUGGUUGCAUCAACAUUGGCCGUGGAUGCUCACAAAUAUGAUUGGGUGUCGCUUGUAUUGGAUAAGUUAUUAGUACAUGCGCGUCACUUUGCAGAAAAGUUUUACAGGGAAGGGUAUGCGAAAGGUUGUGGAGGUUGCACGUAUUUUCUUGCGAUUAUGUACCUUGAUCGAUUGCAUCGUCCUCCUGUGCGUUGGGGAUUAUUUCCGAGGUUAAAAGCGUGGUCUGCGAAAGAUGUGACUGAAGCGAAAGAAGCUGAUCGACAAAGUGGGAAGGGAGAUUAUGGGAAUAUUGGGUGCAUUGACUUGGCGUACGGUGAGAAACAUCCGUUAGUUGCGAGAGACACGAUGGGACCUCAAUGCAUGUCUUACGAGAUUGCUGCUCUUGUGUUGAGUGGAAUGGGAUUGGAAAUUAAUCCAUUGCACCGUAAUAGUAAUGCAUUUGAUGAUAAUAUGGAUUCAGAUUCUGAUCACGGCGCAAGUCGUAAUCGCCGAAGAGGGCCAAGGGACAAGCUUAACCCUUAUCAGCGCAAAAUGCAGAAGAAACGUGUUAAAGAAUGUCGAGGUGUUGAAGGUGAAGAUGAAUGUGGUGGAGGAAGUGAAAGUGGUAUGGGAGGUGUGGGAGGCAGUGGUGGUAUGGGAGGUGUGCGAGGCAGUGGUGGUAUGGGAGAUGUGGGAGGCAGUGGUGGUAUGGGAGAUGUGGGAGGCAGUGGUGGUGUGGGAGGUGUGGGAGGCAGUGGGGUGUGGGAGGCAGUGGUGGUGGGAGGUGUGGGAGGCAGUGGUGGUGUGGGUGGCAGUGGUGGUAUGGGAGGUGUGGGAGGCAGUGGUGGUGUGGGUGGCAGUGGUGUGGGAGUAAGUGGUGGUCUGGGAGGGGAGGAAGGCAGUGUUGGUGUGGGAGUAAGUGGUGGUCUGGGAGGUCUGGGAGGAGGAAGUGAAGGCAGUGGAGGAUAA